AGGUUAAUUAAAAUGGCGUCGCCAAGGAUCGUCUUAAUCUCAGGCUGUUCAACUGGUAUCGGCCUUCACACCGCACUUCAUUUAGCUAAUGAUGCCGAAAAACGUUUUAAGGUGUACGCAACCAUGAGAAAUCUGGAGAAAAAGACCUCUCUGGAAGAGGUAGGAAAGGAACGACUCGGCGAAGCACUGGUCGUUAUGUGCAUGGAUGUAAGCUGUGACGAAUCCGUGAAAAGCGUGGUCGAAGAAAUCAUUGCGAAGGAGGGGAAGAUCGAUGUUCUUGUGAACAACGCCGGUGUUGGUUGUGUGGCGCCUCUGGAAUGCAUGACAAUGGAACACAUUAAACAAAUGUUUGACGUUAAUUUCUUUGGAUCCGUUCGUUUGAUCCAGGCUGUUCUCCCAGGCAUGAAAGCGAGGCAGGAUGGUUACAUUGUUAAUGUCAGCAGUAUUUUUGGAAUAACGGGUGGACCAUUUAACGACAUGUAUUCUGCAGCAAAGUUUGCAAUGGGAGGAUUGACAGAGUCGCUGGCACCUGUGUUGAAACAGUUCAAUAUUAGGAUCUCUUUGGUUGAGCCAGGACCGGUUGUCACUUCGUUCAUCAGUAACUUGAAGGGUAUGGUAAGUCAAGUGGACCUCUCAACCGCUGACAAAAAGUCAAUCCAGCUGAUGCAAUCUGUGAUUGCUACGAUGACAGAGCUGACAGCCAACGAGGGACAAAAAUCAGAAGAAAUCGCUGAAACCAUAAAGGAGAUCUUGCUAUCGGCCAAGCCUCACAUCCGAUAUCUGACUAACAAAACUUACGGUGUAGACGAGGCGAAUUCUAAAUUGUCUGAUCUCACCGGUGACAAACUCGUUGAGGUACUGGAAAAAAGGUUCUUUCCAAAGUAAUGCCUUUUCUGUUUCAUCCUCAGGCAGCCGGAUUGACCGCAAAGUUAAACCGGUAUUCAGUUUGUGAAAGGUUUUUUAACUAUGAUAGGUAACAUAGAUUUUAGGGCACAAAAUAAUAACUCUGUAUUUCAGUGUUGACUGAAUGUUCAUGUGUAAUAAAUUAGAGAAAAGGAAGAUGUAAUACGAGGAGGAAAGAAAACACAUGUGAUCUGUAUUCCUGA